AAUUUUUUUUGUGUCAUCUUUAAUCAUGAAGAAAAUCAUCUUAAGUAGAAAUAACAUGACUUCACUUUGAGUAGAAUAAACGUGUUAGUGAGGAAAACACAGACCUGCAGACAGAAGGUGUGGUGCAUGACGAGACAGCGAGGUAUGAAGUCAGAGCUGAACAAACCAGCUUCUCACUCGACAUAAAAACAACAAAACAUACAAAGUGCUGCUGUGAUUUUUGGCUGCACCCUGUCAUCACGCCUCUGCAGACAUACCUCGGCCGAAGACGGGACAAAAGAUUUGAGACAGUGAGCGAUAGGCAGUAGGCGUGUGCUGUGGGUGGAGACAGUUUUUUUUUGGGUGUCACACAUUCCCCAACAAGAACGAUCUAAAGAGUGAAGCCAGUGUUUCAAAUCUAGCAUUACGCGAGCAAGCAGCGCACCUGUGAUCCGGACAGGUAAGCCGGUUUAUCCCUGAGCUGUGUUUGUAGGGUAACUAAAAUAUCUGUGAAGCACUGUGCUUGUGUUGUAACUCUCCUUGCCUCCUGCUCCGUCGCAGCCUUCACCAGCAGCAGCAGCAUGAGUGAAUCAGCAGAGGCUCUGGCCGCCAACCUCAAAAGCCGAAGAAACGUCACCAUUGAGAUCACCAAUGUCACCAAUAACAUCUGCCUCAUCGACCCCAAGGUUUACCUGGAAAGUGGCAACUGCCACAGCCCGCCUCAACCCACCGUGCGCCCGCUGAAAACCGAGGUGUGCAACUUCAGCAAGUCCAGCGGCAAAGCGUGCGGCGCGGUGGGCGUCUUGACCUACGACAUGUUUGAGAGGCAAAGCAACUGCGCUCGGGAGAAAUUGGCGAUAAUGUUCUCCGUGCCCUACGACUACAACUUUUACAAGAACUGGGUGGCGUUGGGAAUCUACGACAAGAGCCGAGAGUGCGAUGAGAGUCUGUACAAAGAGAUGUAUAACAACAAAGAGCAGCAGGGCUUCGUACGGGCCGAGGCCAAAGGUUGUGGUCUCAUGUUUGUGGGUAAGAACCUGGACGUCAUGUGCACCAUGUCUCCUCUGGGCAGGGCCAUCCUGAAGGUGGAGUUGUGGGACAAGAUUUUCACCCCAGGUGCACAGCAACAGCAUUACUAAGCCAUCAGUGUAUAGUGUUAUAUGUUUAACCCUUUGCACACCUGUGCUGUUGUACCGUCUGUUCAUGCAAUAAAUCAUGUCUGAUGUGACAAAACUG